GUUCAGAUUUUUCAUGUGUUUUCUGCGGACAUAACCCGGAAACUACUAGCCAUCUCUUUUUUACAUGCAACAUGAGCUGGAGAAUUUGGCAAUCGUGCUACGAGUGGUGGGGCCUUCAAUCCGCUUCAACAAAUGUGGGAUGGAGCCAUUUACAGCAACAUGUGGGCAGGAUCUCCAAAGAGAAUCCUGUGGAAAUAAUCUGAAAGGAGAGUCACCUGAAAUGCCCAGAACAUUCAAGGAUCCAUUCCAUCUCUCGGCAAGAUACGCUGCCUUAGCAGAGAAAUCACCUACAAACCCAAGGGCAUAGCUUUCAUGAAGACGUUGAGCAAGCAUGACUGACAUCAUAAGGCAUGAUUUAAGGUUGGGUAUUUGAUUUACAGAUUUAGGGCUGGUAAUUAGGUAAAACCUGCAGCAUCUAUCUUUGGGUAUUUUCGACAGACACAAAACUUUAAAGGCAAAUAGAUAGAAAACUAGAGAAAUCGAAGGAAAGGGUAUGUACAGAUUAGAUCAGGUCGAUCAGAUUAGACACAACAGGGGAAUGCAUAAAGCAUUGAAUUCUUU